CCCGAACCGAGCCGAAUCGUACCGACCAAGUCCGAAUGUAAAUUCGUAUUUAAUGAUUGUUUAUUACUCACCAAAACGCAAACAAAACUCUUGUUAGGGUCCACAUUUCUCAAAUAAUACUCCAAAGCGGUUAACCAUGAAGACUGGAAUCAAACUCGACUCCCAAGACCAAAAAGAAAACACCAAAACCACACGAAACGCGCUCAAACUCUUGCAACACACAGCCGCCGAUAAGGAAAAUCUCGCCGGGAGGUUACACGAAAAAGACAAAUUGGCUAGCUCUAGCUACAGAAACGACCACAAACGCAAACCCAGCGAAGACAAGGCCGUGCAGACCGGAGAGUCCGUGAUUACGGCUGCCGAUUUAACGUCGGACGAACCCAGCGCGGAUUAUUGGAAGCGGGUGGCAGAGAAACGCCAGGAGAUGCUGGACGAGAGUUUGACGGAGAACGAGAAGCUGAAGGGGGCGGUGGAGGCGCUGCAGGAGGAGAAUAAAGCGUGUAAAGAAAUGUUGGACGAGUCUAGGGCUUUGGUUGAAGUUUUACAGGAGAUGCUGGCGGAGGAUGACGGGAACGGCACGACGGAGGCCGCAGAAGAGGACUAAGACGUUUUAAUAUGUAUUUUUAUAAGUUAAUUUUAAGAGACGUUUUUCUAAUAAAAAUUGCUGAUUGCUGA